GCGAAAAAUUGAGGAAUGCUGUCAGUAAUGAAUCGCCCUCAGUGGAGAAUGGACGACUAUCUCCUCUCUGCGCUCUCCACCGUUGAGAAAAAAAACUCAACACUCGAAAUUUCUGAUAAGCAUUAUCGAAGAAACAGCGAUGUGUUCCUGAACGGUGCGCCCAAGGGCUUGAAAAGGGAAUUCGAUGAAUUAUUCACACCUGAAGCCAUUGCGUUUAUGGUGGACUUGAUAGUGCACUUUGAGGAGAGAAUCGAGAGACUGUACAGUGACAGAUUGCGGAGAAAGGCUGAGUUCAAGAGCAAGCCCAAGGUCCCGAGGUUCCAGACGGUGGAGGGGAAUGCUGAUUGGAAAGUCUCGCCUGUUUGCGAUCGUUUGAAAAACAGACAUCUAGAUCUGGGUGACGUGAGCCCCAGCAACUUAACUCACUUCACCUCAGCCCUGCAAUCCGACGUCCAGGGAAUCCAAGUGGACUUUGACGACGGCCACUGUCCCACCUGGGCCAACCAAAUUUCCGGGCUCCACAAUGUCCUCAAAGCCGUCCAAAACCGUCUCCCCAACGUCCCCCCGAUCUCCCAAUCACCAGUCCUCGUCCUGCGACCCCGAGCCUGGAACAUGAUCGAGGCGAACAUGAGCAUCAACGGAAGACAAGUGCCCGGACCAAUCCUCGACUUUUCCCUCCUCAUCUUCCACACAGGAAAAAUCCUCCACAGGAUAGACUCAGGUCCCGCCUUUUACCUGUCGAAAAUUGAGAGCUCAGAGGAGGCAAGACUGUGGAACGACAUUUUCUGGUGGAGCGAAUUAAAACUGAGGAUUCCCCAUGGCGCCAUAAAGGCGUGUGUCUUGAUAGAGAACAUUCUGGCUAGUUUCGAGAUGGAGAGAAUUCUUUAUGAACUUCGGGAGCACUCGUUGGGACUCAACUGCGGCAUCUGGGACUAUGCAGCCUCCAUCAUCUCGAAAUUCGGAGGUGACGAGUCAUUUCUGCUUCCUGACAGGAAUAAAUACGUCGACAUGAGCAAGAGAUUCUUGAAGAAGUACAUGGAUUUGGUUGUGAGGACGUGUCAUCGCAGGGGAGCACAUGCCACUGGUGGAAUGGCCGCUAAAUUACUACCGCAUCCUGACGAUAAAGAAUUUGGAAAUGUUCUCCGAACGGUUUGCGAGACUAAACUAAUGGAAAUACAGAGUGGAGUCGAUGGAUUCAUGGUUUACGAUGUUAAAUUGGUGCAUUAUAUGAAUGACUUGUGGAGAGAUCAUGGGGGACCUUUUCCCAAUCAGAUUUUAUUCUUGGGAAGUCCUGGGGCGAUCACAGGAGAGGAUUUGCUGAGUUUGCCGAAGGGGGGAGUGACCAUUAAGGGGUUGGAUCAUAACAUCAGGGUUUCGAUUCUUUUUAAUUACAAUUGGCUGAGGGGGAGUGGGCAUUUCUUUCUGGGUGGGUCGGUGGAGGAUUCUGCCACAGCGGAAAUUUCCAGAUCUCAGAUCUGGCAGUGGAUUAGGCAUCGAGCGAGGGUUGAGGAGGGGGGAUUUGUCACCGUGGAGUUGGUGAAAAAUCGGGCGGAGGGAGUUUUGACAGGUAUUUUAGGGAAUUGUGGGGAUGAUCCUGCUGAGGUGGAGAAGGUUCUCACUGCUUAUGAUAUUUUCUUCGAUUUAGUUAAUAGAAGGGAGUUUCCGGAGUUUGUUACUUCGUUUAUUUAUGAUGAGUAUGUGUUCAAGAAGACUCAGGCACGCUUGUGAUAGCAUGUGUGAGGUCAAUUCCAAUGCGUAAUUCUUUUUUUAAACAAUGGACUAUGAUCACGGAACGUUAAGUAAUCAAUUUCCAACCGAUUUUGGGCAUUGCAACGAUUUAUUUCCAACAAUUUAAUUGUUUAAAUCGCCCGAGCGCUCAAACUAUGGAAGAUAUACAAAAAUUCAUUUAGAAUUUGAUAAGGAAUAAUUUUUAUCAUUUGUCAAUUUCGCAUAUCUCCUUUAGAUUUCGAGAUAUGAACAAGGAAAGAGUUGCGUGACCCAACAGCGCUCUCAAGCCCACCACGCGCCGCAAGUAGAGAGCGCUAUGUCGGGUUGCGUAACUAGUUUAUUGCUCAUAUCUCGGAAUCUACGAGAGAUACGUAAAAUUGAUAAUGAAUCAAAAUUCUUCUUAUGAAAUUCUGGACAAUUCGUGAUUUGAAAAUUUUCCUCUACACUUCAUAGUUUGGGUGCUAGGGCGAUUUGAACAAUUUAAUUGUUAAUAAUAAAUAAUUCCAAUGCCUAAAAUUGAUUGAAAAUUGUUUACUUGACGUUUAGUGAUCAUAUUUUAUUGUUUAAAAUAAGAAUCACGCAUUAGAACGCAAGUGGUCGGUACAUGUCUGAAAAUCGAGUGUCCCGCAACUCGCUAGGGGCUGUAGGCGCGGAGAAAUUCGGGAGUCCGCCCAUCCCCACUACUGGAUUUUUUUAUCGUAAUCUAAUCAAUUACUUUCUAUGGAGUAUAUUAUUCAUGAAAAUGUUUUUUCUUCUCAAUGAGAGAAUUGUGAAUAUUUGUGGAGGAAAAUUGUAUCAAUGUUAUGCCUAUACGAAAUAUGAAAUAAAAUACUUUUAAAAACUUUUUUAUU